CAUGUUCACGAUGAAAUUACAAAACUCCAUUAACAUCUUUUUGAAAUGUUGAUUCCAGCUGAACAUAAACACUGGCAAACUCCGGCACAUACAUCUGUCAUCUUGUAUUUGUUCAAGCAUUAGGAUGGUAAGUUGUGAUUGGAAAUCGACAACAUUAUUAAUUUGUGUAUAAAAUGGAUAUAGGAUUGUAAGGUGAGAAAAUAUGAUGAUGAUCGGAAUACUUCAUUUCGUUGAAAAUUUUAUUCAACAUGUUUAGUUUGUGCAUAAUUGAGUUUAGUUAAACUACUGCAGAUGUUCAAUGUAAGGUGAAUAAUUUCAACUGGUUUGUUUUCCAAACAGUUUUACCAAUAUUGAAACUUCCAUGUAGUCAGUCACAUGUGUAUUCUUAUUACUGUGUACUUGUUCACAGGCAAGUGAUGUUUCGUGGUCGAUAUAUACUAGUUCAACCAGAUACAUGUGUUACAGUCAUUCGUCGAGGUGGACUACGAUCAGUUGGAUCCAUAAUGAAGUGUUUAACAUGGCCUAGAAACAGUGUUCAUUCACCUUGUAAUAUACCACGAGAGUCAACGAGGAUGUCUGAUGAAAGUGGGGAAAAUAUUGUUGAUACAGUGAAUCAGGAGUGGAAUUCUGGCGACGAAACACCCAAUGAAUUUGAUCCAGGUUCACCAGAGAAAGACAGUGAAAAUGUCGAUAUUAUUACUAAGUGAAAUCAUUACUUGACACUUGUAUUGCUGUCAUGCUAUCACUAAUCAACAAUUACAUUUUAAUUAACAAUAUCAAGACUUUUAACAAUUGUAUAGAUUAACGCAUUAGAAGUUGACACUAUGAGUGACAUGAUUUCAAUGGUAUGAUCUCUUCCGUUAUUUUGGUAAAGUAUUAUCUAGUUGAAAUGAAUUGCGCGAGGUGAAGUGUUCUGGAUGUGCAUGAACAAAAUGCAUAAUAUAUUUGAUGGGUGUCAGAGUAUGCGACUGUUCGAAACAGCCCAUUAUCAUUAACAGUAAUGUUAUUAUUAUUAUUAUUGCUAUCAUCUAUUAGGAGAAAAAUGAGUUAUUUAUUCAAGGUUAUAGAGAGAAAUCUUAUCUGUAGAACUUCCAUAUUUGUUUCUGCAAUGCAAUCACUAAGUAAGCAAUAUCACUACACAAUUCGUACACUAAUAAAUUCAUAUUUGGAUCUCCAAAACAAUACUGUUUAGGGGAGAGUGGUCAUAGUCGAAUGAACACUAGGAGGGAAACAAGCUGAAUUGAGAGGAUUCUAAGAGAUAUUGUAAGAUAUUUCAGGAAACCUGUAGACAAUAAAUCAGUGAUCGAUAAUCAAGUCGUUUCACAAAUCAAUCGAUAAGCCAUCGAAAUCUGAAGUCAAUUAGAAUUAUUCUGUUGAUUAAGAAGCAUGAAUCACAUCGAUACUGAUCGACUGAGAGAAACGUCAGUGUCGCUAAUGAACCAGAGUUGUUGAUCAAGACAAUAUUAUAUACUGGGUGACAUUUUCAGUAUGAUAACAACAGUAUACAAUCAAUGUGCACAUCACAUAACAUUCUUGUACCGAUUGAAUGAUUUGUGGAUCAGUCAAGUUUAAUCCAAUGAAUUUCGCAAAAUAACAAAUAAGUGUUACUCGACACCUUACUAAUUCACUUCACAUGUGAUCCGCUCACACAAAUUCUCCCACAUCAAAUCGGCAUACUAAAUUCACAACACAGAUGAGCAUUUUGCAUCAGUUCGAUCACAAUCUUCCUAAUUUCAGUUUGUCUAGAGAAUCUUCCAAUCGUAUCUACCAUGCUCAAACAUGUUCCGUGACAAGAACACAAUAAUAACACAAUGACACCAACAACACAUUCAUUAGUCAUGCCAAUACAUGUGAACAUUUCACUGGUCCUUAUCAAGUCUCACUCCAUGGGAUCUCCUCUUCACAUCACAGGGUUGUGUACAUGUUCGAUUCCACUGAACAUUGAGAAUUGGUCACCGUGCAUCAAGUUCUCAUCUCAUUUUCAUGAUAAGAUAAUUUGACAUACACAAAUUAAACAAGUGUUAAUCAUUCGACUUGAAAAUGUUGAAAUUUGAAGAUGGUGUAGAGUUGAAAAUUAUUGCUUCACAACAUUGUGCGAUCAAAUCUAACUGAAUGUGUAAUGAUAAUAUCUCAUGCAUAGAGAAUGUGAGGCAUGUGAUCGGUUGACACAUAGUUUCCUACAAACUAAAUAUUUUUCAAAUCACAUGAUCGAUAUGAAAAUGGCCUGAGCAAUGCAACUACACGACCUACUGUGAUGUGA